CUAUAAUUGCAAAUGUGUAUUAAUUCAUAUUGUCUAUAAUUUAUGUUGGUGACAAUUGUUGUUAGGUUCUUUCUCGGCUGGAAGCACCAGGGUAGGCAAUCAAUUACAGCUUAUGUCCAAAGAUACCAGAAUAAAAAUGGAUCGUGACGAGUCCGAAAUUUACAACAUGCCACCUAACACACGCCACACACACACACAUAGCUGUAUACGUGAUGGAUUUGCGUGAGAAGCGCAGCUGUGCAGUAUACACGGAUAUCGUAAAGGACAAGCCAUUGAAACUGGUAACGUCGUAACCCUGUAGAUAGUGCUGAUUUUCUGUUAAAAUGAAACAUAACAAGUCUGCUACGAGAUGAUGUAACAAUAAUCGAUUUUAAUUUGUGUGUGAAUGUGUAUAUAUGAAUGAAGAAAGUUAUAUCAGCUUCGGUGUUUCCACGUGCACAGGAAGUCAGAUAUAUAUAGCCACGUCACCAUUCGGGAUUACUCGGGUAUCUAGCAUUCGGAUAAAGGUACAGUUUUGAGUGAUCUGAGACAUGUAUCGAAUAUUAACACUGAUUUUGUUGACAUUUCAAUUAUGCGUUACGUCAGUGCGAGCCGAUGUACAACAUUCAAAUAGCGUCUAUGUUGACACAUUUCUACAGAGAAGUGCCCCGGGACUUCGAGCCCCUAAAAAACUAUGGUGGGCCAAGGAAAUAACGCCAGAUUUCCAUGUCGCUGGCAGGUUAUCCGAACGACAAAUUAAAUAUGCAGCAGACGGAGGAUUUAAAAGCAUUGUGUCGCUUUUCCAAGAUGAUGAGCCAUCCAGUAUCGGUGAUGAAUACAUUCCUACGAGUGCCGAAGCUGCUGAAAUCGCCAAGCAAGCAGGACUCGAGUAUCGGGUUGUAUUAGAGACAGACAACUGCGAUUGGGCAUCGAUCGAAGCUGUAAAUAAAAUGUCUGCCAUUAUUCCUACCUUGAAAAGGCCUGUUUUACUUCAUUGUAACCGGGCAUACACGAUAACGUUUGUGACUAUGAUGUAUUUAGCCAACGCUUCAAAACACGACCAAAAUUACAUACCUCAAGUCAGUUUCGAAAAAGUAUACAAGAUGGCUGCCGCCAUGGGUUUAGAUUUUGCUAUGGACUUUACGCAAAUGACUGCAGCGGAAGUUACUGGAGAAGCAAUUCCAGAGAAUUUACCGGAACCAAACUCUGUGCCAGAUGAGUGGUAUGAUUACUGGAUGGCCCACCCUGUCUAUAAAAACUGGUUCACAGCUGGACAAAUAAGCGAAAGUCAUCUUCAAACUUUACAAAUGGCCGGCUUUAUCCACGUGAUCAACAUGAGAAUGGGUGUUCAGGACGAAAACGGAAAUCCUUCCCAAGAGCAGGUAACUCUCAUCAACGUCAAAGACGGCACACCGACGUACGGCAGCAAAGAGACAGGUCCGCGACAAAUCCCGGAAACUUUAACGAAACUUGUCCUUGACCCAACAAAAAACAAGACCUUUGUGUCCAAGAAUUCGGCCGUGAACUUCGAGUCGAGAAAUCCGGGAGAGUUCGGAGACGAGAUAGGCUAUAAUGAAGAUCGAGAAAGACAGGUUCUGGAAAAGGCGGGUUUCCAUUAUUAUCACAUGCCAGUCCUGUCCAGUGGAAAGUUUAGUCCGGAGUUAUUCGGGAAAUACAAGGAUAAGUUACUGGAGAUCGGGAGAACGGGAGAGCCUGUCCUAGUUCACUGUGCUAGCGCCCACAGAGUGGCCUACAUGACGGUGCUGGCCGCCGCCCUACAGUACAACAAGGACCUUAACUGGGCCCUACAGCGGACGCGCGAGCUCGGGUUUGUUGUUAGUCCCACCGAACAUAAGGACGUGUAUCUUAUGUACGCAGCCUGGUUAGACACCAAGAAAUUCAACUCAACCAAAGACGAACUGUGAUUAUCUUCAUGAAAAUUCCUGUAUAAUUUUAAUACAUAUUUACCGUUAAAAUCCAUAUAAAAAUAUGAUUUUUGUAUUAAUUACAUUUAAGAAACAAUAUACAUGCAUUUUUGUUACUUAAAAAUCAUCAAUGUCAAACAUAAUUUACUUACUUUAUUUUUGUUCUAUUGUUUUGAAAUAGUUUGUUAAUCAAAAAGAUUUAAUCUGGAAUAAGGCAACAGGUUAUGUUUGUACAAGCUUCUUCCUUAACAUAAAUGAAAAUAGAAAGUGAUGCACCACGUGUCAUUUUUAUUAACGAGUUGAAUUAUAAAAAAUGAUGAUACGAUAAUGAUGAUUACUUGUGUAAAUCAGUAGAUUUUAUAUUGUAUGUAUUGAACACCGUAUUUGAAGAACGUGCUAUUGAUGAUGCUGCCCAAACAUGCCAUAUUUUACAGUUUAUAUACAUAUACUAUAACUUUUUAUGUAUUCAUAACUCAAUGAACUGUUUCGAAUUCCGUAUCAAGAAAAUGGAAAUCAAGGAAUCAAUGUUUGAAAUAGCAUUGUACAAAAAAUGUGUUUUGGAUGUUACAUGAUUUUAUCGUUUUAUAUUUUCUAGUCCUUUGUAACCCGGAUACUAGCCCGAGUUUCCUCUGGCCCUGACACCAUGUCUCACAUGGUGUCAGGGCCUGAGGAAACUCGUGCUACCCGGAUACAUUAAGCUAUCUUACUGUUUUACAGUCUAUGACAAAAUGCAUUUAAGUGAAAGGUUGCCUGAAUGAUAAAUGUAGACCGGAAGCACCAGAACGUGAACCGGAAGUAUGACAAAAGAUGACCCAAUGUAUUUAGAUUUAUAAAUCUUAAUCGAACCUAUUUCUGCAUCGAGAAAUGCCGCAAGUACAUUUCUCAAAGCCGUUGUUGUGUGUUGUGUUUGUACUUGAAAAGUAACCUCUUGAUUUUGAGAGAAAUAAACAUUUCUAUUGUCAGAAGGAAAUUACAAUUGUUUUACGGAUUUCUGCACCAAGUGCAAUACACUUACUGUUGGCAAUUUAUAAGACCGAGUUAUCCCUCUUCUGAUGUGAAAGGUUCCUAAUUCAGUAUUCUUUUUACAGAAUUGAUCAUGAUCAGUCUGUUAAACACAUGUACUAUAUUGAAAAUAAAAGUUAUUUUUAUUAUA